AUGGGGAGACUCUUUAUACUUUACGAUCAUAUCCCUUCUCAUGAUUGCAUCCGUUGUCGUAUGUGCAGAACUCGAGUUGCAUUCACUGAGGAUCACAUUGCUACUGGGCCAAACAUUCGUGCAGGGCUCUUUAAUAAAAUGCACAAGCUUAGUUUCUGGAAUGAUGUACCUUUGCUUCAUUUUAACGAGGAACAAGUUGGAGGCGCAAAUGAUCAGAUAGUUCCUAAUCAAGAUGUAGGCGCUAAUGAUCAAAUAGUUCCUAAUCAAGAUGGAGGCGCUAAUGAUCAACAAGUUCCUAAUCAAGAAGGAGGCGCUUAUGAUCAGCAAGUUCCUAAUCAAGAUGUAGGCGCUAAUGAUCAACAAGUUCCUAAUCAAGAUGGAGGCGCUAAUGAUCAACAAGUUCCUAAUCCCGAUGUAGGCACUAAUGAUCAGCAACUUCCUAAUAUAGAUUUAGGCGCUAAUUAUCAGCAAGUUCCUAGUAUAGAUUUAGGCGCUAAUGAUCAGCAAGUUCCUAAUAUAGAUGCAGGAGCUAAUGAUCAACAAGUUCCUAAUCUAGAUGCAGGCCGUAAUAGUCAACAAGUUCCUAAUCUAGAUGCAAGCGCUAAUGAUCAACAAGUUGCUAAUCUAGAUGCAGGCGCUAAUGUGCAAAAUGAUGAUGAAGACGGAGGCGCUAAUGAUCAACAAGUUCCUAAUCCAGAUGCAGGCAGUAAUGGUCAACAAGUUCCUAAUCUACAUGCAGGAGCUAAUGAUCAACAAGUUGCUAAUCUAGAUGCAGGCGCUAAUGUGCAAAAUGAUGAUGAAGAUGGAGGCGCCAAUGAUCAACAAGUUCCUAAUACAGAUGUAGAUAUGGCUGAGGGAAUGGACAAUAUUAAUCCAGACAAUUAA